UUUUAAUUUUUUUCUUAGAAAAUUUCAUGCCAUUUCUGAUCAAACCCCUUGUUUUCCAAAUUAUUUAAUAAAAAAAUUGAAAAGUUCAUUAUAUCUUUUAACUAAAAUUUUGGAUAUAUAUUGAAGGUCUCUAUAUUUUUCUUACUACUAAAGCUGGAUUGAAGGAUCUGCUCGUAUACUCGUAUUCAAGGAAUUUUUUUCUUCUUGAAAGUUGAAGGUGAAGGUGCUUAAUUCUUUGUGAGCUUAGCUAUGUUGAGAAGGAUACUAAAUAAAUAUUGGGCCUAAAUCUCAGUACAGAUAAUCUGGAGAUUUUAGAUUCCAGACGCAGAAAGUGUAUAGUCCCGCUGGUCCCUGAAUAUAUUUGUUUACAUAAAACUUUCGACCAUUGUUUAAUCAUAUAAUAGCUCAAAGUAAUCUUUUUAAUGAAUUUAUUUUAGUCCAAGAAGGCAGUAUGUUUCGUAAGUUUGUAUCUUUUUUCCCAACUUUGCUGAAAUCCUUCAACGCAACAGCUACCAAAAAUUUAGAAUAUAAAAUUAAGGAACAACGACUUGAAAAAGAUGAAUCGAUUGAUAAUAUAUGUAAAAAACUGGAAGAACCUAAGCGUCCGAAUUUUAGAACAAGUCGUAACAUCAAAACUAGCGACAAAAACUAUGACUAUAAUAUUCGUAUGGAUGAUAAAUACAAUUACAACACUGGUGGGUAUCAAAAAUGUGUGAAUCCUUUAAAAAAAUGCAUUGGAAACACCAGUAAUAACGAUAGUGGAAAAAUAGAACUAAAACGACCCACUGAACGAAGUAUGGUUAUGAGCAGUUACUAUGAGGCCAUACGUCGAAGUCAAGAGAUCACGAAUCAGAUUAUAUCUGCGCAACAUUCUGCUAUAAACAAUAAGUACGCGUCUCAACGUGAUAAGGAUCAUGAUAGUGCGAAACAAAACUGCAAAGACUCAAUUGAACGCUACUCACUUAAGGACAAUGAUUGCCAAGCGAAUAGAGUUAAAUUUCCUUUCCUAAUUGAUAAUGAUUGAUGAACAUCCAGUGAGGACCAUGAGCAUAAGACAUUAGAUCGUAACCCAAAUGCCAGUGAUCUGUGAUAUAUUAUAACGAUGACUAUUCUACUAUUCUAUUUUAUGACUAUUAAAGAGGUUACCUCUAGUAGGUAAAAGAAGUAAAUAGCGAGUAUUCUAAAGCAGUCAUUUCUUCACAACUUAAACAUGCCUGUGAUGUUUAAUAAGUUUAACUGAUAUUCUCUAUUGCUCACAAUGGAUUAAUAAAAGGUAACUGUUGACGA